ACAGAAGUGCAUAUCAGCCGUAUUACACGCUGGCAGAUCAUUACAAUCCAUUACAGACCAUACUAGGGAACGAACAUCAAGCCAUUUCAAAAGUACCAUGUCGUGACAAUAUGAUGGACUGCAUUAAACUUACAGGGGCCACUUCACGAUUGAACCCGAUGACAUCAGUAACAGGGAUCUGCAUCCAGGAGCUGGAGAACUGUCCUCAGGGUUUCGCCAUAUCCAUGUGGCUCUUCCUAGACUCAGAAGCCAUUGACGGAGUGCCUUCCAAGCUCCUCUCAGUCGAAGAUGGAACUCUCAGUGUUCCUUACGCCAGGCUGAUGAUCACCGCCCAGCGAGCAAUAGAAUUUUCAGUGAAUGAUGGAUUAACACUAGCCAAGACAACAAUUCUCGCUGGCAAAGUCCGAUGGAAUCAGUGGUUUAACUUUGGAGCGAGCUGGAAACCCGGAUCAGCCCCUCUCGUGUUCGUCAACUCUAAACCCGGAGGUCAAAGUUCACAGAGUGACGUCACACAGCUAAUGGACACGUCAACUAACCGGGAGGUGUGGCUUGGUUCAAAGGAAACCGCGGAUUCUGCAGCACCUGUAACCAUGUCAGACUUCGUGUACUGGGAUCGUUUCUUGUUCGAUUUUGAGAACCAUCGUUACCUUGGAAUGACCGAUGAAGAACAACACUUGCUUUUUACGGCUGAUCAUUGGUGGACCGUUGACGGAUUUACGCGCAGGGAUCAUCUCCUAUUGGCUGGCCAUAUGAACGAUGUCGCUUCGACCACGCCCAUCCGGACAGACGAACAUGCAGUGACCGUGUUGACGUCUGGACGAGAUGGCAAGGGAAGGACCCUCGACGUCAAUGGAGAGGACGGAUUCUGGUUGUUCUUUGGAGAACAUGCCGGUACGUGCAUCAGUGAUCCAAGCCUCUGUGACGAUGGCAUCACCGUCGCAACGUGGAUGCGGCUAACAGAUCACCAGGACAACGAGUUCCACUGUCUCCUGAGUUCGGGCGGACAGACGACACGAGGUUUCGCCAUCUACCAGACGGGCCAGAAACUGCGCGCGAUGGUGGCGAACGGAGAGCGGCAGUGGAUUGUCGAGGUUCCCUUUGACGAGUUUGAAGAAUGGACUCACAUCGCUCUUACAUGGAACCUUACGACUGGUCUUUACCUGUAUCUCGAUGGUAACACCCGUGGCAUUGAUAACAAGGGGGUAUACAGGGUACGCGAGGCAGAUCUCGACAACAAACUCAUUGUCGGCAGGAGGAACGACUUCCUCAGUGACUACGCCCGGGUGGGCUUCGAAGAACUUGCGAUCUGGGAGCGGUUUGUGGAGCCAUGGGAAACAAGACAGGUCUUUGGCUUGAUCGAGAACUCCGUAUACAGUAAAGCAGCGUUCUACUGGACGAGUCAGUCAAUGAUCACAAGUACUUUCGACCUUCUUGAAGCUGGGAAGACGGCUGAUAUUAUUCCAGGACCGAGUUCUGAUGUGACCGUGGUGAUUGAGGACGAUGAAACCUUCGUUGAGUUGCAUCCUGAUAGCUACAUAAGCCUGGGUACGUUCCCGACCUCAUGCCUAACAGUUACAGAUCUAUGUCUUACUGGCUUUUCGCUCUCUAUCUGGCUCAAAUCACCAGUCAAUGCACCUAUCACCGGACAUCAUCUUCAUAUCGAGUCUCGCAGUUUGACACUCACAGUGACGUACUACACCGCUGUUGCCAUAGUGAUGACUUCCGAUCUGGUUUGGACUACUACGGUGCCCGUCGCAAAACAUGGGGCGUGGUACAACAUCGCCGUCACAUGGAACCGUUUUGAAAGUCUGGUGGUCUACAUAGACGGCAUUGAACCCGAAGGAGCGACAUCAACCGUAGAAACGAACAUGGACGUACAACCGUCAUCAAUGACGGAGGUCGGUAUCAGCUCGACUACGGAAGGGACGUUGAUCACAGAUCUUGCUCUUUGGUACCAGUUUACGUACCCGCGAAAAGCCUUCACGCUUCUCGGAUUAACCGAUUCUGAGGGCUACUGCCAGAGUUUCGGGCGUUACUGCUGGACUUUCCAGCCACCACUCAGCCGUGUCGACCCUUUCACCGCGUCCGACACCGACAUCGUUUACACCACGAGCUCGAACUACACCGGCAAGGCCGUGGUCACUGACGGUGUCGAGGGUUUCCUUACUCUGGGCGACUUCGAAGGCGUGUGUCCCAGCGAUCCUGCCGAGUGCGAGCACGGAUUCGCGCUGGGACUGUGGGUGAAACUAGAGGCUCCUGAGACUGAGGAUAGCUCUGUGAGGCACAUCGUCAGCCUGGGUGCUGACAAGAAUGGUGAAAAAGGAAUGGCUCUGAUUCAGGCCGAGGGGAACAUCCGGGCUAUUGUUGCAGACGGCACUAAAAGAUGGGAAGUGGAUACUACGGAGCACAACGUAACCUAUGGCAAAUGGAUGUACAUUGGAAUGAUCUGGGAAGCGACGAAUGGACUCAAAAUCGUCUUUGAUGGCGCAGAGACGGCAGAAGAGAAAUCUGGAACAGUGAGCACAAGAAACAAGGAGGCAUACUCGGUAAUCACCGUCGGAAAAUCAGCAGUCUGGCCCAUAGGGUACCAAGCAGGCGCCUAUGACGAGAUUAUGCUGAUUGUACCAGAGACUGCCGAUGCCAUUCCGUUACCAGAAGACCUGAAUGGAGUUGGAAGUGUGCGCUACCGCUCUGCCGACCAGUACUUCGACGUGACAGACCCGUCGGGCCCGGUGGAGGCAGUUAACACAUCUCUGGUCGAAGACCGCUUCCAUUCCGAGAAUGGGGCUAUCUCUACAGGCGAUCCGGUCAAACAUAACUUUGGAUACGUAUCCAUAGGUGACUAUGCUGGUAAAUGUUUAAGUGACCCGUCUAUCUGUAGUCCAGCCGGUAUGACGGUCAGUUUCUGGGUCCAACUUGACAACAUUGACCAUUUCCAAGAUGUUGCCACCAACCCCGAAGGGCUAGGAUAUAUUCUAAGCUCUGGUGCACAGGUCGCCAACAGCCGAGGGUUUUCAGUGACCUAUGACGGCACUACUGUCACUACAGAGGCUGUAAGCUCCAACAUCAUGUGGACUGCAUCUUUCGAUGACGCAGAUUUUGGCAGGAAUUGGACCAACUUUGCUAUAACUUGGAGCUCCGUUUCUGGCCUCGAAGUUUUGACUGACGGCGAACUAAGGGCCACCGAUCCACUUGGAACUUCAUUGUCCAGUGCGACAACGGAUACGCACACCGCCGUGCACCUCGGCAAACGGAACGACCAGGAGAGCGGGUACCUCGGGGGCGCCUUCGACGAUGUCGCCAUAUGGAUAUACACCAUCGAUUUCGAAGACGACGACGAGCUCAGUCAGUUGCUGGGCGAGUUGGGACUAGAUGAUCUUUUUAUCACUGAUGAUUAUACACAAUUGUUGAACUCGGGACCGACCACUGGUAAAGAAGAGUGCCGAGUCCUGCAUGAGGCCGACUGUGCGAGAUCACUAACAGAACUAGAGGAUAUUACCAAUGAAGAAUUAUAUUUCGGUAAUACCGCUCAGACGAGCAUGCGCAGACGAUUGCUGCACCUUGCCCAGUCUGAAGAUAUCCCAUCAACCAAUGAAUUAGCCGCAGCCGUCAAUAUAGCUUCCACUCUAGCCCUGGUCGUCCAACCCUUCAGUAACAAAACGUUAGCCGAAAAUGCAAUUAAGGAAUUCAUUCAAACCGUAGACGCACUGCUUGAUGCAAACCGAACGGAGAAAUGGAUCGAGCUACAAAAGGUCAAACCCGGUUCGACGGAUUUGGUUCACAGUCUUGAAGACUACAUCACACAGGCCGCUAGAGAUUUUGAAACAAGUGACACGUUCCAAGGAUGUCAGGAAUUCUUCGAAACAACUACGAUUGCUACGUGCGUUGAUAAAUUCGUCUCUGAAUCGUUCGGCUCCAAUGGGCCCGUUACCCUACCUGUGUACGGCAACGAGUCGGCUUGGAGAGGGGUGGAGGCUAGAUGGAGCAAUCUCAAAGAAGAGGUCACAUUGCCCCAGAAUCUAUUCGACUUCACCAUUGAUGGUAAUGAAGGGAUUCUGGUCCUCUCUAUUUAUGAUGCUCUGGAUGAAGUCAUACCACAGAACACAUCAAAGGAUUUUGUUUCGACAUCGACGGCUGAGCCUUGGGUGAAUAGCCGUGUGGUAUCCCUGAAAGUAUACCCAUCUUUACGCCGGGAGCUCUAUAACCCGGUCAGAUUGGUCUUCGUCCAUACCAAGGGCGUAUCCGGCGAACCGGACACCGAUACACCAGUUUGUGCCUUCUGGAAUUACUACUUACCUGACACCAAUGGAGGAUCUUGGGACAAGACAGGUUGUGAAAUGGUAGCUACGAACAGGACUCAUACAACAUGCGAGUGCACUCACUUUACGCACUUUGCAGUUAUAAUGGAACCACCACCACCACCUCCACCCGACAUUGUAGACAUGGUGUUCGUGUGGUCUGCGAGAGCAUUGGUGGGAAUCUCGGGAGUAUUCCUCCUUCUACUCAUCUGUAUUUUCAUCUGCUUCACACGUGUACGCACACUUCGUCAUCUGAUCCAUGCUAACGUUGCUAUAUCAGUUAUGAUAGCCAUCGUAUUCUUGUGCUUGGCGACAGUUGAGUGGUCACCUCUAAUAUGUCGUGUGAUGGCUGCCUUGUUUGAAUACUUCUGUCUCGUCUUCGUCUUCUGGCUCCUGAUCGAAUCCAUCCAAGCCUUGACCGACGUCCACUUCGGCUACGGACACGCUGACCGCAUCAUCAGCUCGUGCCCACUGCCAGAUAGAUAUUUCGGGUACAUGUGUCUAGCAUGGGGUGCCCCGGGACUCAUUGUGGGAGUAACAAUAGCAAUCAACAUUGAUGCCUACGGAGAACUCGACUGUGGACUGUGUUGGGUUACUGAUGAGCAUGACUUAUACCUUUCAUUUUAUGGACCACUUGGUCUUUGCUUCGGGCUUACCAUGUUGUUUCUAUUCAUCGUGAAACGUGAACUGGACAAAUUUAAGAAUACAGGUCCUCUAAGAUCAAGCAUGCUUGCGACUUGCGUGAUUUCUAUAGUGAACGUAGGAGCCUGGGCAGCUGGCUAUCUGGGCUUCUAUGGCCCGACUGUCAUUGCUUACUACGUCUUCCUCCUCACCUUUGCAUCAAUGGGUAUCUUCAUCUUUUUGAUGUAUGGACUAUCAGCUGGACAGUUGAAGUUACUCUUUGGAAAGAAACUCAAAGGGCGUGGCAAGGUCAGAGGCAUUGGGAAAGGCAGGAACACCCCUGUCCAGGCGAUCUCUAUCGCACCAGGCCAAGAAAACAAGGGCACAAAGCAGAGAAAGAAGAAGAAGAAAGGGAAGAAACCAAUUUCAUAUGUAACAGGUGGCAAGGACAACUGGUCACGUGAGUCAUCCAAGUUGCCUGGGAGAACGAACGCCUCUGUCAGGAUCCAGCCACGAGCUGGUCUCGAAAAGAAAAUUAUCUUGUCGUAAAAUUGCGCAUCCGGACGGACAACUACACCCUAUAGGGCAGCUACCCCGGAAAACUACCACCUGGAAAACUACCACCGGACAGCUUCCCCUAGGGUGGUUGUCCGGGGGUAGGUGUCCUAGAGGGUGGUUGUCGUAGGGGGAAGUUGUCUGGUGGGUAGUUGCUGAACUAACAUUUUUUUGAAAGGAAAUGGACUUGCGUAUUAUCUAAUCCAGUUUGGAGUGUUUUGAAAUAAAAUGUCACAUCAAUUAUACGAGUGGUAGGUUUUAAAUCUAUUUCGAUUAAUAUUUAUAUGAUAGGAUUUUAGGAUCUGUUCAUAUUCAAUUAGGGUAUAUUAUAACAUUGAUCGAGUAAUGAGUUGGUUAGAAAUCCUUUCUCGUUAUAUCUUUUUGUUUGUGAUCAAAUGUAUCUCCUUUGUGUACGUUUUCAUUUGGUUGGUAAAGAAAACACUAAAACUCAAUUGGAAACUUACGGCAUAUUUAACUUCUCCUAUGUUAUCAAUUUCUUCAUUUCAUAAAUUUGCACAUUCUCGAAAACUCGUCGUAUCUUUGCAUUUAAUACUGAUAAUUACCUAGUAGCUGCGUUAAACUGGAAUACAUAAAGGGCAGAAGGAGUAUGGUAAUAUUUAUUAUUCAUAUAUUACUACAAUAAUUCACAAAUUCAUAUGAAAAAAUGUGCGAUUCUGAUUAUGUUUUGAGUAAAGAAUGUAAAAAGAAUGAUGAGGAUAACAGUCAUUAAUCAUAAUAACGACUUAGCAAUGAUGCAAUAUAUUGUUGAAUACGGGUAUUACAUUAUGUUAUGUCUUUAUCAUGUUCAUCACGUGGAGGAAUAAUUGAAUUAACCCGAGACGAUACAUCUGGAAUUAAAUGUUAUGAAUACAUCACGAAUCCACAAUAUUUCUAUCUUUUCUCUUCAAAGCAAUGGUAGACUAAAUUCCUUCAGUCGUUUACUGUAUAUUGCACGUUGCUUAAAAUGUAGGUCUAUAUAAACUUAUGUGUGUGAUAGUUCCUAAAGCGUUUCAAUAAACGGUGUGUGUA